ACAUCCAUUAACUUUUCCUUUACCCUACAGGUUCUGUUCUUCGCCUUUGCUGUGGGCGUGACUGUCGCCUUUAGGCGCUUCAACGUACCCAUUCCCUAUGGUGCAAGAUAUAAUGGUGGUGGUGUUGGUGUUGUCGGCGGCGGCGGCGGUGGUGGUGGUGAUAGCGGCUACGGCGGAGUAGGUGGGGGAUUCGGCGGAAUUGGUGGGGGAUUCGGCAGAGGUGGUGGUGGAUUCAGCGGCGGAUUCGGCGGAGAUGGUGGUGGCUUCGGCGGAGGUCGUGGCGGCGGCAUCGGAGGUGAUGACAACGGCGUCUGUACGGGCGGUACCGUACUGAAGAUUGACGGAACUUGCGAGCAUCCUAUACACACUCAACGUGUGUUCAUAUUUGCCGCGCCUGAACAACCACAACAGUUCGUCCCUCCCCCAAUCCUACCCCCGCCCCGAAUGGACACAAAUGUACUUAUCCUCCGCGCUCCUGAACCGGUUCAACAGCCUGAUCCCAUCAUCCUAUCACCCCCAAGACAGGAGAGCGUGGUGUACGUCUUGAAUAAACAGGAGGAGCAGAAACAAAAAGUUAUCGAGGUCCCUGAACAAGAACCUCACGAGCCCCAAGUAUUUUUCAUUAACUACGGUGAAGGCGACAAUACGAUUCUGCAUGGGGGUAUCAGCCUUAACUCUGUUGUCGAAUCCUCAGUAUACUCUCAUGACGAGCUCAUUGAUGGCGAUUUAGGUGGAAAUUUUAUUUUAGGCGGAAACGGUGAUUUUAGUAGAACGCAGGGUGGCUUUGGUGGCCACAUCAGUUCUGACCGUGCCGGCCUUCGCAAUGGAUUUGCCAGGUUUGGUAGCGCUGGUGGCGGUGAUUUAGGUUCCUUUCGUACUGUUGAUAACGGUGGCGGUUUUGCAUUCGGAAAAAGACUUGUUCGUGAAGCUCCGAUCGCGAGUGCCCUACAUGAUGGUGUUGACAGAGAUAUCUUCUUGAACAGUAGGGUUGGUGACGGAGGAGGAGGCCUGGGACCACAAAUUGAAGUUGGCGGAAGUUUCGCUCCGGCUAACGCCAUCUCUCCACCAGUUGAACAGGUAAUCAAGAAAGAAUCGCACAGCAAAUGUAGAAAUUUCUUCGACUUCAAGGCUUCCACCACCUGCGUUAGCCAACGCUGUGAGUGGUAUAUAUGGCUGUCCCAAGAAGAAAUAUUUGAAAUCAAAGGGCCAUUCUUGGGGUUCUGUUCUUCGCCUUUGCGGUUGGCUUCACCUUCGCCUCAAGGGGAUACAACGUACCCAUUCCCUAUGGUGGCGGUGGCCAUGGUGGGCGUGGCGGUGGCCAUGGUGGGCGUGGCGGUGGCCAUGUUCGCCCCGCCCCCAAUCAUCCCUCAACCCAGAGUGGACACAAAUAUACUUAUCCUCCGCGCCCCUGAACCGGUUGAGCAGCCUGAUCCCAUCAUCUUAACACCACCAAGGAUGGAGAACAUCGUUUACGUCUUGAAUAAACAGGAGAAGCACAGACAAGAAAUCAUCGAACUCCCUCAACAAGAACACCAAGAACCUCAAUUCAUAUUAAUUACAUCCAUUAACAUUUCCUUUUCCCUACAGGUUCUGUACUUCGCCUUUGCUGUGGGCGUGACUGUCGCCUUUAGGGACUACAACGUACCCAUUCCCUAUGGUGCAAGAUAUAAUGGUGGUGGACAUGGCCGUGGACGUGGCCGUGGUGUUGGCCGUAUUCGUGGCUAUGGUGGUGGACAUGGCGGUGUCCGUGGCCGUGUCCGUGGCCGUGGCAGUGUUCGUGGCCAUGGUGGUGGUGGUGGUGGCGGCUUCGGAGGUGGCGGCUUCGGAGGUGGCGGCUUUGGAGGUGGCGGCUUCGGAGGUGGCGGAUUCGGAGGUGGCGGAUUCGGAGGUGCCGGCUUCGGAAGUGGCGGCUUCGGAGGUGGCGGCUUCGGAGAUGGCGGCUUAGCCGAUGGCAGCUUCGGAAGUGGCGGAUUCGGCGGUGGUGGCUUCGCCGGUGGCGUCUUCGGCGGUAGUGGAGGCAGCUUCGGCGGUCGUGGCGGCGGCUUCAGCGGUGGAAAUGGCUUCAACGGUGGUGGUGGCGGCGGCUUCGGCGGUGGUGGUAACGGCGGCUUCCGUGGUGCUGGCGGCGUCGGCGGCUUCAGUGGUGCUGGCGGCGUCGGCUUCGGCGGCUUCAGCGGUGCUGGCGACGUCGGUUUCGGCGGUGCUAGCGGCGUUGGCUUCGGCGGUGCUGGCGGCGUCGGCUUCGGCGGUGGUGGCGACGGCUUCGGAGGUAAUGGCGACCGCCUCUGUACGGGCGGCACCGUGCUGAAGGUUGACGGCACGUGUGAACAUCCUAUACGUACUGAACGUGUGUACGUAUUUGACGCGCCUGAAGAAUCAAGAGAGUUCAUCCCGCCCCCAGUCAUCCCUCCGGCCCGAGUGGAUACGAAUGUACUAAUCCUCCACGCCCCUGAUAAGGUUGAACAGCCUGGACUCAUCCUCGCAUCACCGCCAAGGCAGGAGAACGUCGUGUACGUCUUGAACAAACAGGAGGAGCGGAAACAAGAAGUCAUCGAGGUCCCUAAACCGAAACUCGUUAAUCAAGCAAUAUAUUUCGUUAACUUCGGUGAAGGCGAAAAUACGAUUCUGCAUGGGGGUAUCAGCCUUACAUCUAAUCACAAAAAUUCAGUUUUCUCUGGGGACGAGCUCAUCGAUGGUGACUUAGGUGGAAACUUUAUUUUAGGCGGAAACGGUAAUUUUAGUGGAACGCGGGGUGGCUUUGGUGGCUCAAGCUGAUCUGGCAGUGUCGGCCUUAACACUGGACUUGCCAGUUAGGGUAACGUUUGUAGCGGUAAUUUUGGUUCCUUCAGUACUGCUGGUAUUGUUGGCGACGCUGGCGGUUUUGUAUACCGCGGCAGACUUAUUGGUCAAGCUUUGAUCGCGAGUGUCCUCCAUGGUAUUGUUGAAGGAUAUAUCUUCCCAAAUAGUGGGAUAGUGGAGGAGGCCUAGGACCACAACUUGGAGCUGGCGGAAAUGUUUCGAAGAAGUGUUUGAACGCUGCUAGUAGAUCUAUUUUUGUUUUGUAGAAAUAGUUAAAACGACCUCUUCUAGUCAGCCUGAUUUGUUUUGUUAAAUGUCUACCAAGUGUAAAUACAUUUUAUAUCGAAAUAAAAAUUUCAGUAACCUUUCUAAUGUGUCAGGUUGAAAAGGUAAUUAAGAAUGACUCACAUAUAGCAAAUACAGAAAUAUCUUCGACUUAAAAAUAUGACAAACAAGUAUAUACUAAAACGUUAAAGUCAGAUGUCGGUUUAAAAUUUUAUAGUUUUUUCCUGCCGAUAUGAAAGUUCUCUAGCUUCCAUGUUCUUAAUGUGUUUCGAUAUUUUCAUUUCUAUAUUUUCCUGCGACUUGAGAUUUGACCUUUUUCUCCUUAACGAUUUACCUCCAAACAUGCCUCUUACAUGUAACCACGAGAAAUAAUUCUUAAAUUUAAUCACGAUCACUUAACUAUUACAAAUUAUUUCCACGUGUUAUUGGGUCAUAUCAAGAAGUUUAAUGUUGACAAAAUAUUGUUUCUGGAAUGUGUGUGUGUGUGUGUGUGUGUGUGUGUGUGUGUGUGUGUGUGUGUGUGUGUGUGUGUGUGUGCGUGCGUGUGUGUGUGUGCCCUACAGCCAGCCACGAAUUCCUGUGCCUUCUCUACUUUAUAAAGCCUGAAUAUAAAAAUAUCGGGCUUAACAAAACCAAAGCCUUCUCAGAUUCACAAUUUUCUCUUUCACAUCAUUAAGAGUGACGCCAGGUUCACCGUGUUACCGAGUCUCGUCACCGUUAACAUCCUUCUUCCCAGUUACAGGUUUAUAGUAACGGUGAAAUCACGAUCGGGGUUAAAGACAGUGUUUAAAGGGAAGAUUUUCACCACCACCACUUGAGACAUCAGACAACUGUACACUUAGGCUGAAGACCCUUGGGUUAUACUACACUUAAGUUAGGGGAAAAAAUCUAACAGUGUACAGUGUGUUAAUUCUCAACAGACGAUUGAUACGUACCCUGGCUCAGUGCCGACAGGCAAUUCCUGCACACUCUCUGGUGAACUCUUCUCCUUAUGAGGAAGUUAACUUAACCCCUCGAGUACCUGUCAUCUUAGUCAUGAGUUCAGGUCAUCUUGUUCAGAGGGACAAGACAUCGUAAUCAAGAAACUAAGUCAUCAUAUUCAAAGGAUUACUUGCUCGUACUCAAUAGUUAGGUCAUCAUGCCCAAGAGGUUCGAGUUAGGUAUAUUCUUCAGGUCAUCAUUGUUACAGUGUGAAUAAAUGGAUAUGAUAAACUGUACCAUUCUUUAACUCAAGUAUUGUACUGAUAUUAAUUCAUUACUUACAUUUAAUUUUACAAACAACCAAGAUUCAUCUACAAUUCAAAUUUUACAAGGCUACCGCUGGUAAGAGCUAAGUUAGCUGUCGCCAGUUACAGUCAAUUGUCCACCGUAGUAUAAUAACAGUUCAGCAAUUUUAACAAUUUAGAAGUGAUAAUUAAAGUUAUUCUUUAUUAGGCUUCCACCACCGGGGUUCUUCGCAUCCAUUAUUGUUAUAAGUUAUUCCAACGCUGUGAGUGGUAUAUAUGGCUGUCCCAAGGUUAGUCACACAUCACUAACAACCCCAUAAACUAAUUUUGGGGCACCCUGUACAUAUCCCUCUGGUGACUUUACAUAUGUUUAUUCAUAUUUUCCUUUCAUUUUAUUAGAGAAUAUACAACCAAAAAGAUACAUGUUUAACAACAUUUCCAAAAUUACCGACAGAAGAAAUGGUGGUAAUCAAAGGGCCAUUCUUGGGGUAACGGCUAUGAGCGGGUGGUGUGAUCGUUGCCUCAUAAACCUUACCUAACACUGGGGCAUCAUGGACUACUCCUGUUGUAUCACAUUAAUUAGUAAUAAUGUUGAAGAUAAGGAGCACAGAUGGGGCUCUUCCUUUUCAUCCUUUGUUAAACACCAAGACACUUCUUAAACCAUGAGUACUGAUGGAUGAUUUCUAUCUUCUUUAUCGACAACUAUUGUCUUGAUUACGAUGUUAGGAUGACACAUAUUUGAUUUAUUUCUUAUUGGAUGAUGUUCCCCAACGAUGUAACCUAAACGGAAGCUAGAUUUGGUUUAGCUCAGCAUGGAAUUCACGAGUCUACCCUGGGAGUCAUUCAGCGACGUGGGUUUGGCCAACAUAACACUGGUCGAGAUAGGAUAGGUACGUCUCCCGCUGAUAGUUGGAUUAUGCGAGUCAGGUUUUUACGACAAAUCAGUGGAAUAUAACUAUACUACUAAUACUGGCCCUACCCGGAUAUACAGUAAAUCACAUAUGACCUUGAUUGGGAAUCGAACCCUUGGCCAAUGGACUCCCAACCCAGUACGACAAUUGUUCUGCCAACGUCCACACAAUUUUAAGAAGUACAGUCACUUUAAGGUAAGAAACUUAAACGUUUCAAGCGCUUUGUAUGAGAUACAUUUCGAAUUAAUAAAUCCAUUAAUAUUUCCCUUGUCCUACAGGUUCUGUUCUUCGCCUUUGCGGUUGGCUUCACCUUCGCCUCAAGGGGAUACAACGUACCCAUUCCCUAUGGUGGCGGUGGCCAUGGUGGGCGUGGCGGUGGCCAUGGUGGGCGUGGCGGUGGCCAUGGUGGGCGUGGCCGUGGUGGUGGUGGUUACAGCGGCGGCGGCUUCGGCAGUGGCGGCAGCCACGGCGUCUGCACGGGCGGUACCGUGCUGGAGGUUGACGGGACCUGCGUACAUCCUGUACGUACUCAACGUGUGUUCGUAUUUGCCGCGCCUGAACAACCACAACAGUUCGCCCCGCCCCCAAUCAUCCCUCAACCCAGAGUGGACACAAAUAUACUUAUCCUCCGCGCCCCUGAACCGGUUGAGCAGCCUGAUCCCAUCAUCUUAACACCACCAAGGAUGGAGAACAUCGUUUACGUCUUGAAUAAACAGGAGGAGCACAGACAAGAAAUCAUCGAACUCCCUCAACAAGAACACCAAGAACCUCAAGUAUUUUUCAUUAACUACGAUGAAAGCGAACAUUCGAGUCUGCAUGGGGGUCCCCGCCAUAACUCUUAUUUCAAAAAUUCAGUUCACUCUAGGGACGAGCUCGUUCAUGGUCACGGAGGUGGAAUUUAUAUAUGAGGCGGAAACAGUGAUUUUCGUAAAACGCGGGUUGCUUUGGUGGCUCUAACUGAUCUGGCAGUGUCGGCCUUAACAAUGGAUUUGCCAGUGUUGGUAACGUUGGUGGCAGUAGUUUUGGUUCCUUCAGCACUGCUGGUAUUGUUGGUGACGCUGGCGGUUUUGUAUAAGGAGAUAGACUUGUUGGUCAAGCUCCGAUCGCGAGUGUCCCAUAUCGGGGCCUGGGGUGCGAAAAAAAAAUACAGAAAUGUUUUAGUUUUAAACAAAUGAAGAGUGAGAAAUGAAAUAUACAGUAUGUCGUGUUGUUAAAAUAGGAGAGUCAAUUGAGGCCCGAAAUUGUUUGUAAAUGAUGCUGAAAAUUUUAUCAGAAACCUGGGACUUGGUUAAAAAAAUGUGAUGCCAUCCGGCAGCAGGAUCUACCAUUAGACAACACAUUAUACUUGAUACGUGGUGGUGUUGACGGAGAUAUCUUCUUGGACAGUGGGGUUGACAGUGGAGGAGGCCUGGGAUCACUACUUGGAGCUGGUGGAAGUGUUUUGAGGAUGUUUUUUUUUAAUUGUGUUAGAUCUAUUUUUGUAUUGUACAAAUAACUUAAACGGCUUCUUCUAUUAACGCACAGUUAUUUUGCUAAAUAUUUAUUAACUGCAAAUACAUCAUAUAUCCGAA